AAUUAAUGUAUUAGGUAUAAUAUUUAUUUUUAGAUUCUUAAGGUUGAGACAGUAAGGAGCAUAGAGUAGUGGCUAGCAUGACAUGUUAUGACACAAAUAAAUAAAUUAAUAACUUUGACUUAAUUCAAAAGCAAUUAUUUUAUACUUAACCAAAUUAGAAAAAAUAAAAGCCAAUUAUUCUAUAGACUAAAUUAUUUUGAAGUUUUGUCAAAAAAAUAAAAUAAAUUAUUUUGAAGUUGGUUUAGGAGGUGAUCCAGUGAAACGCAUUUGAACCAAUUAUGAUGUUUUCCGACCAAAAACAUAAACCAAUGACUAAAUUAAUGGUCUUAAACUAAAAAUUUAAAGACAAAAAAACAUAAAACCGAAAACAUAAACACAUGAUAAAAGUGACAUAGCCAGAGAGAGAGAGAGAGAGAGAGAGAAAAAGAGAGAAAAAGAGGAUCUUUUCAAAGUUGCCGUAGUUGCUACUUGAGCACCGUGUUCUGGGUCGGGUCGGUUCUUCAAAGGGUCGUUGAAUUUGUUCUUGGGAAGAGGAAAAAUGGGUUGGAUUCCAUGUUCUGGAAAUUCAGGAACAAAGAAGAAGAUUGUGAAGAAGAUGGAAGUUCAAGACAGUCUCACUCGUCAAAUUAAAACUACUCCAGCUUCUCAAGGGAAAUUGAAGCGGAAUUCAUCAACAAAUUCCAAGGAUACAUCUAAACAUGGGAACAAUGAACACAUUGCAGCACAAACUUUCUCAUUCCGCGAGUUGGCAAUUGCAACUAGAAAUUUUAGAGCUGAAUGUCUUUUGGGGGAGGGAGGCUUUGGUAGAGUAUACAAAGGGCAUCUCGAAAGUAUUAAUCAGGUUGUCGCAAUCAAGCAACUUGAUCGAAAUGGUCUCCAAGGGAAUAGAGAAUUCCUUGUUGAAGUGUUGAUGUUAAGUCUACUUCACCAUCCUAACCUUGUCAACCUUAUCGGUUAUUGUGCUGAUGGAGAUCAGAGGCUUCUAGUUUAUGAAUAUAUGUCAUUAGGAUCCUUGGAAGACCACUUGCAUGAUUUAUCUCCUACCAAGAAACGACUUGACUGGAACAUGCGAAUGAAAAUAGCCGCUGGGGCUGCAAAGGGAUUGGAGUAUCUACAUGACAAAGCUAAUCCUCCGGUCAUAUACCGAGAUUUGAAAUGCUCCAACAUUUUGCUUGGCGAAGGGUAUCACCCCAAGUUAUCUGAUUUUGGCUUGGCCAAACUUGGCCCGGUCGGAGAAAACACCCAUGUAUCGACAAGGGUUAUGGGCACCUAUGGAUAUUGUGCUCCAGAGUAUGCAAUGACCGGUCAACUUACUCUCAAAUCAGAUGUUUAUAGCUUUGGUGUAGUCCUUCUCGAAAUAAUUACAGGAAGGAAAGCUAUUGACAAUUCGAAAUCUGCAGCAGAGCAGAAUCUUGUUGCAUGGGCUAGACCGUUGUUCAAAGAUCGAAGGAAAUUUUCGCAAAUGGCUGAUCCUAUGCUUCAAGGUCAGUAUCCUUCGAGAGGGCUAUACCAGGCUCUUGCUGUUGCAGCAAUGUGUGUUCAAGAACAAGCUAAUAUGCGUCCGGUUAUAGCUGAUGUUGUCACAGCUUUGUCUUACCUUGCUUCGCAAAGACAUGAUCACAAUACACAGACGGUCCAAAACUCUCGCCUCUCUCCUGGUACUCCCUCUAGAGUCCGGAGGGGGCGAUAACAUGGAGCUCAAUGUUUGGGGGUAUAAAAUAGUCCAGUGAAAAUUUCAAAUAUGUUGUUUAAUGCGGUCACAACAUGCUUCAAAAUAUAGGUUUAUAGAUGUUAAUAUCAAUCGUCUUUUGUGGUGUUCUCUCAGCUCAUAGAAUAUGGAUAGUUGCGAAAAAAACCUGUGGAAUUUUGUUCGACUUUUUGGUGUUCAAAACUGCUCCUAUUUCUAUUUAGAGCUAAGAUGUUAUUUUCUCUAAAUAUUUAUUUAUUAAUGAGCAAUUUUUUUAAUUCAUAA